AUGGGACAAGAGGAAGGAGUCACGCUGAGCGUGCAAGGUACUCUACAUGAGGAUGUCUCCUCCAGGAGGGAUGGUACCAUACGCGACAAGCAAGACAUGCAACGUGUUGGGCGUUCUCAAGAAUUGAACAGAAACUUCCGCUUCCUUUCCAUUCUUGGCUUCACGGCGGUGCUUAUGUGCACAUGGGAGGCCGUACUCUUCGGUUCCUCCACUGGUUUGACUGAUGGCGGUAAAGGAGGAAUGAUCUAUUCCUACAUUGGUACAUUGGUAGGCUUCAGCUUUGUGAUCCUCUCCAUGGCCGAGAUGGCCUCUAUGGCCCCCACUUCUGGUGGUCAAUACCAUUGGGUCUCCGAAUUUGCGCCUCCCCAUGCCCAGGGCUUGCUAAGCUAUAUGACCGGCUGGCUUUGUGUACUGGGAUGGCACACUGGUAUUGCAGGAUGUUGUUACACGGUCGCUAACAUGAUGGUCGGCAUUGCUGCCAUUAACUAUCCUGACACUUACACUGCCGAGCCAUACCAUGUUACACUCAUCAUUAUCGCUACAGCAUUGGCUGCUAUGUCGUUCAAUACGUUUUUGGCUCAGAAGCUUCCCUUCAUUGAGGGAAUCAUUCUAUUCGUCCAUAUCUUUGGUUUCUUUGGCAUCUUGAUCCCCCUCUGGGUGCUAUCUCCCAAGGUUCCAGCCUCUGAAGUCUUCGGUUCGAUCGAAGAUCGAGGUGGCUGGGGAAACAGUGGAUUGUCAUGCUUGGUUGGACUUAUAGGUCCUACUUACGCGCUCAUAGGCCCCGACUCCGCGGUCCACAUGGCUGAGGAAAUUAGAGAUGCAUCCCGAGUUCUGCCCAUGGGAAUGGUCUCAACUCUGCUUCUCAACGGUUCCACUGGACUUGUCAUGAUCAUCACUUUUGCAUUCUGCGUCGGCGAUGUCAGCAAGGCCCUAGAGUCCGACACAGGCUUCCCCUUCAUUCACGUCUUCCUGAACUCCACAGGCUCCGUCAGCGCCGCGACAGGAAUGACAAUCGUGAUCAUGGUCAUGCAGUUCUGUUCAGCCAUUAGCAAUGUUGCAACUACAUCUCGCCAAGUCUACUCCUUCGCCCGAGACCGUGGUCUUCCCUUCUCCGAUUUCUUCUCCAAGAUCAACUCCACAUUCACUGUCCCCGUCAACGCUCUCUGCAUUAGCUUCAUCAUAGUUUCUCUCCUAUCCCUCAUCAACAUCGGAUCAUCGGUUGCUUUCAGCGCCAUCAUGUCCCUUGGCUGUGGUGCAUUGCUCACAUCCUAUACUAUCUCCACCAGCUGUGUUGCCCUUCGACGCUGGCGCAAUCAGCCCCUUCCUCCUGCACGCUGGACUAUGGGCAAGUUCACACCAUACUGUGAUGUGAUCUCAGUUUUUGUUCUUUGCUUCCUCACAUUCUUCACUUUCUGGCCUUUGAGCAAGAACCCAGCUCCCGCUGAUAUGAACUGGGCUGUGGUUAUUUAUGGAAGCGUUGUGAUUCUUGCCGGAGGGUACUAUAUCAUUAGAGCUCGCAAGACCUAUAAGGGUCCAGUGACUCGUGUGAAAAUGAUGUAA